AUGGAGUUGUUAUCGAAAAUUGAACAUGAUUUAAAAAAAAUUAAUGCUAAAAUUAUAAAACUUCAAAAACAUAAAGCAGAGUUAUUAGAGCGUAAAGAGAAGUUGAAAGAAUUGUCUUUUCAAAAACAAACUAAUUAUAUUAGUGAUCAAAAUAAAUGGAAUCAUACAGAUUUUCCUUGGCAGAAAAAUGUACAAAAAACUCUCAAAACUGUUUUCCAGUUAGAUACAUUUCGUUCGCAGCAGUUAGCAGCUAUAAACAUUACAUUAUCCAAACAUGAUGCUAUACUUAUCAUGCCAACUGGUGGAGGAAAAUCUCUUUGCUACCAGUUACCUGCUUUAAUUGAUCAAGGAUUCACUCUUGUUAUAUCUCCCAUGGUGUCACUUAUGGAAGAUCAGAUAAUUCAAAUGCAAAAAUUGAACGUUAAUGCUCAAAUGAUAAGCUCCUAUUCAUCAAAAGAGGAAACAAAGUUAUUAUUUCAAAUGAUGAUUGAUAUUAAAUCGGGCUUAAAACUUGUAUAUUGCACUCCAGAAAGAAUAGCUAAAAGUAAAACGUUUAUGAAUAAAUUACAAAAAGCAUAUAGUCUUAGAUUAUUAUCAAGAAUAGCAAUAGAUGAAGUACAUUGUUGUACUACAUGGGGCCAUGAUUUCAGACCUGACUAUACACAUUUAACCAUAUUUAAACCCAUGUUUCCCGAUGUUCCUAUUUUGGGUCUUACAGCAACUGCUUCUUCAAAAGUUAUUGUUGACACACAAAAACUAUUACAAAUACAAGGAUGUGCUUUACUGAAAGCAUCAUUCAAUAGACCUAACUUAUAUUACGAAGUUAGAUGGAAGCCUGAUGGAAAGAAAUGUGUAGAUGAAUUAGCAUCAUUACUUAAAAAUAAGUUCAAAAAUCAGUCAGGAAUUAUUUACACAACAUCUAUAAAAGAUUGUGAAAGUUUGCGAAAUGAUUUAAAAGAACAUGGGUGUGAAGUUGGUGCUUAUCAUGCUCAAUUAGAAGGAACAUUAAGAUCUAAAGUUCAUAAAAAGUGGCUAGAUGGUAAAUAUCAAGCAGUUGUAGCUACUAUUGCUUUUGGACUUGGUAUUGAUAAACCUAAUGUGAGAUUUGUUAUACAUCACACAUUAUCAAAAUCAAUUGAAAAUUUUUACCAGGAAAGUGGACGUGCUGGGCGAGAUGGUAAACCUUCUACAUGCUUAUUAUAUUAUAAAUUAAGUGAUGUGUUUAAAUUAAGCACUAUGGUAUUUACUACACAAACUGGAUUACCUAAUUUGUAUUCUAUUAUAAAAUAUUGUUUAAAUGUAAAAGAAUGCAGACGGAAAUUAAUUGCAUCUCAUUUUGAUGAGUCAUGGGAAUCGACUGAUUGCAAUGCAAUGUGUGAUAAUUGUUCUAAUCCAAAAACUGUGAAACCAAUUUGUAUAAAUCAAUAUUGCACUGAUAUAUAUAAAAUACUGAAUGCUUCCAUAGAAUAUGAUACUAAAUUUACUGCUCAAAUGCUAUUGGACACUUGGUAUGGUAAAGGUAACAAAAAAGUGUUGCUGUCUGAUGUUCAAUCUCCGGUAUUUUCAAGAUUUCGAGCUGAAAUGAUUCUUAGUGAACUUAUUGUACAAGGAUAUUUGGCAGAAGAUUUUCAUUAUACACCUUAUUCUACUAUUUCUUACAUAAAAAAAGGUCCAAAUCAUUUUAAAGUAACUAAUGAAAACAAAAUUAUCAUGGAAAUGUCCUCAGAACAGACUGAUGAACCAGUUUUGAAAAAGUUUAGAUCAAAAUAAUUGACUUUAUAGUAUUAUGUUAACAAUAAUAUUUGAAUUUUAAAAUAAAUGCAUUUUUAUAAUAA